UUUUCACAGGGUGUUGGAGCAGCAGCUUCCAGCAAAAGCUCAGAUACCACAUCUCUUGAAGAAAACUAUACUUGGCUAGUUUCCACUAGUCAUGAUGCUUUCCAAAUUUUAAAAAAGAAUGAAAGUCUGCUGUGUGAAGUCCUCCUGAAAAAGUUUGGCUGUGUCUCUACCCUGUUCUUUCCAGCUCUGGAAGGAAACAGCAAAUCUCUUGUUGAGCCAGUCUUCAGAAAAAGGCCGGUCCCUGGACUGGAGUUAUCUGUUUGGAAGGAUGACCUCACCAAACAUGUGGUUGACGCUGUGGUGAAUGCAGCCAAUGAAGAUCUUCUCCAUGUGGGAGGCCUGGCAGGGGCCCUGGAGAGAGCUGGUGGCCCUGACAUCCGGGAGGAGAGCAGAAGAUUUGUGACCACCCAUGGUAAAAUACCAGUUGGUAUGAUAGCUGUUACUGGAGCAGGGAAGCUUCCCUGCAGAAAGAUUAUCCAUGCUGUGGGGCCUCAGUGGCACGUUCUGGGUCCAGAGUUAUCUAAAAAGAAGCUACAAAAUGCUAUUAUAAAUAUUCUGAACUAUGUCAACUGUAGAAAAUCAUCCAUUAGAACAAUAGCUAUUCCAGCGCUGGGCUCUGGAAUUUAUCAAGUUCCUGUGGACUUGUGUACACGUAUCAUUUUAGAAACAAUCUACACUUAUUUACAAAAGCAUCAAGUCGUGGGUCAUUUGCAAGAAAUUCACCUGGUGAGCAACGAGGAGCGUACUGUUGCUGCUUUCAAAGCUGCUUCAGAAUUUGUCCUAGGGGAGAAUGAGCGGGACCUCUGCAAGAGUCAAGAAACCACUCCUCCUUUCAAUACGAAGCUCCAGCUUGUCCAGGGCCACAUUGAACAGCAGAAGUCAGAUGUAAUUGUUAAUUCAAUAAGUGGACGUAGCCUUAAAGUCAGCUUGGUAUCAAAAGCGAUUCUACAACAAGCAGGAGAGCAAAUGGAAAGGCAUCUUAGGGAGAAGAUACCUACACUGUCUUCAGAUUCCCUGUUAGUACUGGUCACAGAAGGAUUUAAGUUGUCCUGCCAGUAUGUGUUCCACAUAAUAUGGCAUUCAAGUAAUCUCAGUCCUCAGACAUUAAGAGAAGCAAUGAAGAAGUGUUUGAAAAAUUGUCUUGAUCCACCUAUAACUUCUAUUUCCUUUCCUGCCUUUGGGAUUGGAAACAUGGGUAUGAUGAAAGAUGAAGCAGCCGAGAUUAUGUUUGAUGAAGUUUUAGCAUUUGCCAAAAAUCACCCUACAAAACAACUAACUGUAAAAUUUGUGAUCUUUCCAGAAGACAGGGAUACAUAUGUGGCUUUCAAAGCUGAAAUGACAAAAUUCAACUCACACAAUCCCAACGAUAACAAUGUCUUCCAGUGGACCACAGAGGAGCAAAGAAUAAAUGGCCUUGAAGCUGGAUCGCCUACUGUCAAUCUGAUGGGAGCCACCAAAGAAAAGAUGCAAGAGGCUGAAGUGUGGAUCAAAAGGUUACUGACUUUCCAGGACCACCACGUCAUUGAGAAUAAUCAUAUUCUCUACCUUGGGAAAAAAGAACAUGAAAAACUGGCUCUGCUCCAGAAAACCGCAAGUGUCUCCAUCACAGAGGCUGUCUGUAUAGGAAAGACAUAUUUGGAGAUUAAAGGAGACCGAUCUAACCUCAUGAAGGUGGUUAUGAAAGUUGAAUGUAUGUUGUGUGAUGUUCAGGAGGAAGUGAUAAGAAAAAAUGAGAAAGCCCUUUAUAGCUUUUUAGCACAAUGGACUGGUCAGCAUCCCAAACUACAAAAUGAAAAGAUCUUAUAUCUUCGAUAUCUAGUGCCUUCAUGUCCAGAACUUCAACGUGAAAAGAAGAUAUUUGAAAAAUGGGGUUUGCAAGUUAUAAAGGUGGAGGAGUUACAAAAUCCAUUACUCAUGGCUGCCUACCAAGAGAAGAAGAAAAUUAUGGAAGUGAGAACCCAGCAAUCACCUGUGUGCCUCAGGGCAUUCCAGCAAGUUCCAUACCAGUUCCUUGAUGCUGUGUGCAGAGUCGGCUUUCACAGAUUCUAUACUGCAUCCUAUAACCCACAAUAUGGAGCUGGCAUAUACUUCACCACAAAUCUCAAAAACCUAGCUGAUAAAGUCAAGACUUCUAACACCGACAAGUUCAUCUAUGUGUUUGAGGCUGAGGUCCUCAAAGGCUCCUCCUGCCCAGGUCAUCGGUCAAAUAUUGUCCCCCCACCAUUGUCUCGUGAAGCCGUAGAUUGCUAUGACAGUGUUGUUGACAAUGAGUCCAUGCCUGAAACCGUUGUUAUUUUUAAUGGUAUGCAAGCUUUACCCCAAUAUUUGUGGAUUUGCACUCAGGAUCAUGCAGGACCGCAAGGUUACUCAACAGGACCAGUAUCCUCUUCAGGGCAGGAUUGGAAAAAAUUGUCAAAUGGCAGCUCUGUUGAUUAAUGUCCAUAUCAUUUUAACAACUGGUAUGAUCUUGCUUUGGGGCAACCAACCAAGUGGUCAUUAUUAAUGACUCAAAGAGUAACUUACAUAUGUUAAAUGGAUUAUCUGUUUGGAUUGGCUGGGCUGUUGCAAGAACCCAUCCUGCAUGAAUUUCUGCUUUCAUCUUGGGGUUGGGAUGGAAAAAAUAUCAACUGAUACACUUCUAUGUUCCUUCUCCUUGCACAAUGUUCUUUCAUAUUUCUUUUAGCUACAGUCAACAGGAAGUAUUACAUGUAAAGAAGAGAUUAUUCCCAAGUAAAAUCUAAAUCUUUAUUUGCUAUACAUGUUAGUAUGACAUUAUUUGGACAGGAAAAUAGCUUAAGAUUUUCCAGAGAAUCAUAUGACAUGCCUUGGAUCCCAAAAUAAAUAAACUUUGUUGGAGUGAC